UUAAGCAGACCUUGGUUAAGCCCCAGAACAAGUAGCCUUUAAAUCGAAAUCAAAACGCUUAGUCAAUAUUUCGAAUUGAAAAUUCUCAUUAAAUUUGAAGGCUGAGCAAUAAUAUCAUGUUCUUGGACGAUUUUGGAUUCCCCAAGGAGGUGACUGCAGAAACCCUGAACACCUAUCCUUACGAUCUGCAUGGCACUAAACUGCUGACAUCGGCGGACACGGAGUUUUAUCUACCGCCGAAAUGGCAUGGCACUAUUUACAGUACUGAGGAGCUGCUGCAUACCUACAGAAAGCGAUUUAAUCCGGAUCCCACUCUGCUGACCUUCCAUGCCAUGCAACCCUAUGAGCCCGAGUUCAUUUGCUGCCAGAGGGCUGUGGUGGAGCUGACGGUCAUGCCGGCAGGUCAGAGCCUCUACAGCGAUAAGUCCAUCGUGGUGUUUUUGGUCAAGCAGCCAGCCGAAGAGAGAAACACUCUAAUUACAAAGGAACUGGGCACACUGCUGGAUUUCUUUCCGCACAACCAUCACUAUCACUCCAGGAUCAUGGACGAGGGCAUCGAUGUGGUCUAUGUGGAUGACAAGAUCUACAAAACAGGACCGCCCAAUAGUUAUCAGCACCAGCGUCUGUUCAGUUUGAUCAGGAACAUCCAGCCGGGUGCCGUGCUGGGCCUUUCGGGAGGUCCUUUGCCCGAUAUCCUGAGCAGUGUCUGCAGGAAGCAGAAGCCCAAGAAGCACAACUAAGGAGGCGCACCUUCCCAACAAAUAAUGUCCCCCCUUCCAGCAUCAUAGUCCGGUUUAAUAAAC